AUGUCUUAUCAUCACAACAAGCUCAACAUGGUCGGCCUCGACGACGACAGUGAUUACGACUACAAGCCAGCCACCAAGUCAAGCAGAAAAGGUGUCCGCAACACGCCCAAAUCCAUGACUUCGUCCACAGCAGUCCAGAAGCCCACAAGCAUUUCCAAUGGCUUAAAGCGGAAGCGGGGAAGUAAAAACAACACGCCGACAAAACCCACGAAACCCACCAAGCGAUCCAACAUCGCCGUCAACAAGAGCCUUGUUCCGCACAGCAUCAACUUUGGCAAUACCUCCGAGGAUGUCAUGAAUGCUGGGGCCCAGUUCAUGACUCCUUUCGGCAACAACCUCAAUCAGUUCAACUUCAACGAUGGUUACUUCAAUGGAGAUGGCAUCGCCGGCUUCACCAACACUCCUGCCAACAAUCAUAGCAACAUGCUUAUCAACGACUUCUCUGGUGGUUUUGGUGUGGGAACAGCCAUAGGCGCCGCCAUGAACAACGACAUUGACGCUAUCAUAAACAACUCCCCGAGCACCCGUACGAACAAUACCACGGCCACUUAUAUGGAUACCGGCCUGGGCAGCAGCAUGUAUGGUCACCAUGGCUUUGACUUUGGGUAUGGUGCAUUUCCCGCCGACUUCGGUAUUGGUGGUCUUGACUUCAAUUCUCACACCAUCGACGACGGCCAUGGUCUAAGCACUAUUGAUCCCAACCAACUCAACGUCUUUGAGAGUUCUCAGGAGCAUCACGCUAAAGAGGAUGGUGCCCACGAUGCGCUUGAGGAUGACCAGAUGUCUUUUGAUGGUGAUACCAACCCUCUAAUCAAGGAAGAGCAGGCUAGUCGCGACAAUGUUGUGAGUUCCUCCCCCGCCUUUGACAGCGAGUACGAGGGUAGCGACUCUGAUCGCGAGCGUCCGUCCAAGACCCCAAAGAUCAACAAGGACGGCGCACCUCGCAAGCCACGUCAACCACGUCCGAAGCUUCUCAAGUGGAAGGACGAUGACUGGAAGAACGUAGCUCUCGGUAUUGUCUGGGCCUGUGGCGAGAACAGGAUCCCGAUUCCUUUCGAUCAAGCUGCUCAAAUCGUCAGUGAUCAGUGCACCGCAGGCGCACUGCAGCAGGCACUUCUCAAGCUGCGUGGCAAGCAGAUCGCCGAGGGCUACCAGAUUCCGCCGUUGAAGAUGGCGUGGACACGCAAGAACAAGACUUCCGCAUUGUCCAAUGCUGACUUCAAGAAGGCUCAAGAUGACACUACCACUCGAAGCUUCUUGUCUAGGAGGACGUCGACACUGAUGCGAGGUACGCAAUCCCUCAUUGUCGUCCUCAAGCGCCCCUACAAGGAGGCUGAUCGUGUUCAUCUAAUAGCUCCCUUCAGAUGGGUAGAGCGCGUGGUGCAGAUGAUCUCGCCUGGCCGUGCCGCUGACGAUUGGGAGAUUGUAAACGCUGAGCAGGAGGCCUUGGCGAUGUAUCCUCCCAGGCCGACCACACCAUCCAACAGCACCAUCGCCGAAGGCCAUGUGGCUGCCAGCCUCAACUCUGCUGGGAUGCCACAAGGCAACGGCUCGAUCGCCUUCUCCAACGGCGCCGGUGACAUGUCGCGGGUGAGUUGGGAGCACCUCCGCCAGCUCGAGGGUGACGACGUCAUGGCCGCGUCCCUUGAGGACUUCAUCUACGACGAUAUCUUCCUUUGA